GAAGAAGGAAGCGCUGUUGUUGUCAGAGAUGUUGCUGUGGAGACGUUAAAUUUACAACUUUAUAAUUCAGGCUUUAUAUGAUGUCUCCAUCGCUGACUGCCAUUUAGAGCCACUUUUCCAGCUCAAUCUUCAUUCAAUAUGCUGCAAGCGGAGACUCUCCAGCUUCUGUGUCUCACGGCCUCCAGCGGCGUUCCACUGUUCUCCCGAGGAUCCUCCAAGCAGCUUCCCUUUUCCGUCAUCGGCUCCUUAAACGGCGUCCACAUGUUCGGCGUGGGCCACGGAGCGCAGUUGUCCAGCUGUGAGACAGAUCGGGGCAGUCGUGUGGUUUGGGGCGUCUUUCAGGACAGCCUGAUGCUAAUUGCGGUGAGCGGCAGCGGAGGCUCGUCUAUUAGCGAACUGCAAUUGCGCCGCCUGCUGGAGAACGUGUGGAACUGCAUGGUCCUGGUUCUGGGACAGGACGAGCUGUCGAGCAUACGUAACGUGGAGCGGUUAAAACGAGAUUUGCGUUCUUGUUACCGCCUCAUCGACAUGCUAUUGGAGCGUGUUAAUGAUGAGGAAGGAUUUAUGGGGGAUCUGACGCAAUGCUCAGACUGUUUGCUUCCGUCCCACUCCGGAUCGCUUCUUCAGGAGGCUCUAGACUCCUUCGCCCAAGCGACGGAGAGCGAAUUUGGAUGUCUGCUUUUAAACGGACGUGUGGCUCGAGCUACAGAGAAAUGGUGGUCUCGAUUGGCUCCGCAAGAAGUUGUUGUGCUUUCAGUGUUGGUGCGUUCGCUUGCCGAUGCAUCAUCUUGUGACUAUCCGGUCUUCCUUCCUAAAGGCAGUCCCACUGUCGCUAUUCGUUUGCUCAGUUUCCAGCUGCUUCCAGGGGUUCACGUGUGCAUCCUCUGCGGCCCCAAACCCUCUUUGCACAAUGCAAGUGAGCUCGUCAGUCGUUUUUGGUCCACUUUGGUGGACAAUCUACGCACUUGUUUGGAGCAGGCCAAGCGUUCCUGUCUUCCGCCAUCUGUAAGCCUCCGCUGGGAUGUCCAGGCUCUUCUACUGAUCAACCGUGACUCCCGCCGUGCCCUUACCGCGUGUCCUCGGGUUCGGGGUGGUGCUCCCUCGGAGGAUACACCACCUCUGAUCUCAACAGCCAGACGUUUGGAGCUCCUUCGGCUCUUUUACGUGUUUGCUGUGACUCGAUAUUUUACCUCGCAGGAGUCAACAGCGUCGGAUUUCUCUCAAGGAUUCACUCACGUUCCUGUGCAGUGUUAUCUUGUCACUGACGAGUGUAAGUGUUUUGUUCUUCAGAGUUCUCAACACCAGCUCUUCCUCCUCAUGGAUCUCUCUGUGCCCACGUUUGCCUUGAGGACGGUGGCCACACAGACUCUCUCAGCCAUUACUGCUUCGACUGGCUUUUGAAGCAUUGGUUUGGUCCUGUAUGGGUUACUUGAAAAGUUAUCAGAACUAUAGGGUUGUCAAAAGUAUUGUGUUUGAUACCAAUCGGUAAUUACAUUUUAAAAGCGUCCACAGAUUCUUUGCUGCCAAGUGCAAACACAGAUACACGGACACUGGAGCGUUUUAAAGCCAUGUAAAUCAGUCGAUUCAUUAGUGGAUUGCUUGUAUGUCAGCUCAUAGACAGAUCAGCUGAUUGACACAGCUUUGAAAUGCUCUAGUAAUCAUGUAUCUGUUGUGUAUUUUUUGAGUGUUGUGUUCACAUGCUCCACUGAAAUUUCUGUGAUUCGCUGCAAAGGUCACCUAUGUUCAACGCUCUUCACCAACUGGAAACACAGAUACACGGACACUAGAGCAUUUUAAAGCCAUGUAAAUCAAUCAAUUCAUCAGUGGAUCGCUUGUAUGUCAGCUUAUAAACAGAUUAGCUGAUUGACACCGCUUUAAAUGCUCCAGUAUCUGUGUAUUUUUUGAGUGUUGUGUUCACAUGCUCAACUGAAAUGACUGUGAUUGGCUGCAAAGGUCAUCACUUCACCAGUGUUCAAUACUGUUCACCAAGUGCAAACACAGAUCCACGGACACUGGAGCAUUUCAAAGCCAUGUUAAUCAGUCGAUUCAUUAGUAGAUUGCUUGUAUGUCAGCUCAUAGACAGAUCAGCUGAUUGACACGGCUUUGAAACGCUCCAUUAUCCGUGUAUCUGUGUAUUUUUUGAGUAUUGUGUUCACAUGCUCAACAGAAUUGGCUGUGAUUUGCUACAAAGGUCAUCUCUUCACCAUUCUUCACCGCUGUUCACCAAGUGCAAACACAGGUACACAGACAAUUGAGCAUUUCAAAGCCAUGUAAAUCAGUCAAUUCAUCAAUGGAUCUCUUGUAUGUCAGCUUAUAAACAGAUUUGGUGAUUGACACUGCUUUAAAACACUCCAAUAUCUGUGUAUCUGUGUAUUUUUUGAGUGUUGUGUUCACAUGCUCAACAGAAAUGACUGAUUGGCUGCAAAUGUCAUUGCUUCACCAAUGUUCAACACUGUUCACCAACUGCAAACACAGAUCCACGGACACUGGAGCAUUUCAAAGCCAUGUAAAUCAGUCGAUUCAUCAGUGGAUUGAUUGUAUGUCAGCUUAUAAACAGAUCAGCUGAUUGACACGGCUUUGAAACACUCCAGUAUCCGUGUGUUUUUUGAGUGUGGUGUUCACAUGCUCAACAGAAAUGACUGAUUGGCUGCAAAGGUCAUCGCUUCACCAUACUUCACCGCUGUUCACCAAGUGCAAACACCGAUACAUGGACACUUGAGCAUUUCAAAGCCAUGUUAAUCAGUCGAUUCAUCAGUAGAUCGCUUGUAUGUGAUCUCAUAGACAGAUCAGCUGAUUGACACGGCUUUGAAACGCUCCAGUAUCCGUGUAUUUUUUGAGUCUGGUGUUCACAUGCUCAACUGAAAUGACUGUGAUUGGCUGCAAAGGUCAUCGCUUCACCAAUGUUCAACACCAUUCACUAAGUGCAAACACAGAUAUACGGACACUUGAGCAUUUCAAAGCCAUGUUAAUCAGUCGAUUCAUCAGUGGAUUGCUUGUAUGUGAGCUCAUAGACAGAUCAGCUGAUUGACUCAACUUUAAAAGACUUCGAUCUCCAUGUAUUUGCGUUUGCACUUGGUGAAGAGUGGUAAACCGAUGACCCUUACAGUCAUUCUUUUAAGCAUGUGAACACAAUGAUCGAUGAGCAGUGUAAAAGAUUGCACUCUAAUGUUAGCUGGAAAUGGACAUUUUUAAAAUUUCAGUACAGAUUGGUACCGAAUUCAAAUAAUGACAACCAUAAUCAGAACCACUGGAUUUGUGAAUUAACCGAUUGUGCAUUAAAGUCAGCGUGAAACAGAAGUUGAAAUUGUUCUUUUUUUAAGUCGUUGUCACUGGAGGAAAGGAUAGUUCACCCUAAAUUGAAAAUUCUGUUAGCAUUUACUCAACUUUUACUUGUUUUAAACCUCUAUGAGAUUCUUUCUUCAGUUGAACACAAAAGAGAUUUUGAAGAAAGCUGUAAAUCGCUAACCAUUGACUUCCAGUUGGUUUUUUUCUACUAUGGAAAGCAAUGGUUACAGUUUUCAAGCAUUUUUCAAAAUAUCUUCUUUUGUGUUCCACAGAAGAAAGGAUCUCAAAGGUUUGAAACCACUUGAGGGAGAGUAAAUAGUAAGUAAAUUGUCAUUUUU